CGCGUAGUUUAGGGCGUCGAUAACCAUGUCGGGCAGAAAGCCCCGGUCUGUAGCAAACCCUCUGGAGUCUGCGAUCACCACACCGAGUGAGAGGAUACUGAAGGAGUGCCACAAUCUGUAUGUGGACAGUGAAAACGGCCUGGUAAAAAUUGCCAACAGCCUUGGAGUCCGGCUCCUGCCUCCCAGAAAGAAGAUCAUUGUGAUGAUAAUGGGUAACCACUCUGCAGGAAAGAGCUCCUUCAUUAACUGGUAUGUUGAAGAGCACAUACAGAAAACGGGGGUGGCCAUUGAAACUCAGGGGUUUACCUUCAUCACAAGUGGACGCAAAAGAGAAUCACUGACGGGGAAUGCAACGCUGCAUCUCUAUCCUCACUUUCGACCACUCUUGGAGUUCAAAGGUGUUAUGGACUACUUGUCUGCUGAGAUCUCCACCUCCAAGCAGAAGAAAUUCAGCCUGGUGACUUUCGUGGACACCCCGGGUUUGGUGGACGGGGACAUGAUCUACCCUUUCGACGUGAAUAGCGCCAUCACCUGGUUGGGAGAACAGUCGGACCUGAUAUUUGUGUUCUUUGACCCGAUGGGCCAAGCGCUUUGCAAACGCACGCUCAACAUUGUGGAGAAGCUGAGUGAAAAAUGCGGCGACAAGCUGAUGUUCUACCUCAGCAAGGCAGAUGAAGCUGGGAAAGAAACAGACAGACAAAGAGUGAUGAUGCAGAUAGUCCAGGAACUGUGUCGCCGUCCAGGUCUCAACAAAUGUGGCUUUGAAAUGCCAACAAUAUACAUCCCGAACCCGCAGAAGCCGAGCAGGUGUGUGAACCAGAUCGAUGGGGUUUGUCAGACCAUCGAGAAGACCAUCAACCAGGCUGUUCAGAAGACACUGGAUCAGCUGGAGAAAGACGGUGACCUUAUUUGUUCCACCAUCAGCAGCAGACUAGAGCAGGACAGGGCUAAUGUGGCUUACAACAAAAGCGUCCUUCUUCACUCAUUCCUGUGUGGUGCUUUUGGUGUUUUCCUGCCUUUACUCUUCAUCCUCAGUUUUAUUGUGAACACCUUCUCCAAAGAGCAGCUGGAAGAGCUGUUAGGUGAAGGUGCAGCUCGAGCCAUCACUAUCUUCACGGGAAUUGUGAUGUAUUUAUGGGACUGGAUACCAGAAGAUAGUCAAGUAGUGUUUGUGAUUAUUUUUGGGGCUUUUUGCUACCUCCUGCUUUUCCUGGCAAAGUAUUUUGCAGGCCAAAGGAAUAAGACUCUGACGAAGAAGGAGAAGAGGACAAUGGCAGAGUACAGUGAUUAUAUCCAAGAUAUUGUCAAGACUAAGAAGGGUAAGUUGUAUGAAUGGUAUCUUCAGCAGUGUGCAGCAGAAUAUGACCUCUGACCCUGGGUAAGCUGAAGACACUUAUGGGCAUGUUAAAGGUGUAAGCUCUAGAUGAGCUGAGAUCACUGCCAACAAUUAUCAUCUCAUCAGCUGAUUUGAAAAGUGCCUUUAUUACUGAUUACUGGAUGAGCUAUGAUUGUAGUUGUUUAAUGAAAGUUGUACUGUGACUGGAUUUUUUUUUCAUAUAGCAUAUGGGUAAUUAAUGUGAGAAAAAUGUGAAAUGUUUACAAAUGACACAUUUUCUUCUUGAACUUGGAGCUGCCUUUACCAGCAAAUCAUUUUUUUACGAUCUCCUCUAUACAGUUUGUUCUCAUUGUUGUCGUGCAUUGACAGUCUAUAAACCUCACUGCACUGUCCUCAACGCAGUGUUACCAGAAUGUGUUUUAAGCAAUGCCUGCAAUAACCAAUGCUGUGAUUAAAACCUGGGCAUUUUAGUUGCACACCUGAUGAAAUAUUUUCAUACAGUUGAUAAUUCUUCUCUUGCCUCCAAAGAGUCCUACCGUUAUUUUUUUACUCUGUGGUGUGAUUAAUACAGCCAUCAAAUAUUUUUAAUAUAAUAUAAAUCAUUGUCAUGUAAUAAUAAUUAUAUGUUCCACAGUCAGUACAUUUGAGUACUUUCAUGCAGCAGUACCGUACGAUUGUCCAGGGGUGCCACACACAGCAGCAAAAAGAAACACUUGUUGGAAAAGGUGGCGCCAGAGUUUCUUGUUUGUGAUUGGAUAGAAUCCAAGUUCCUGGCAACACGUUAAUUUUUCUAUUUCUAUACUGCUCUCAGCAGUUUCUUUGGGCAAUUUUUAAACCAGUAUUGAUAGGAUGAAAGUCAAGAUAGAAAUAAUAAGGAAAGACACUGAUCUUCUUCAUAUGUUUUCAACAUAGGGUAGCACUUCUAUAAUAUGGCCUGUGAUUUAAUUCUCCUGCAAUUACAUUAAAUUAUCAUGUAUUACUUUGUGGUUAUAUUUACCUACAAAUACUUAGCCGUAGAUACACUAGAAAAAUAAUUAUACAGUAAGUAAUUUUAAGAAGUGCAUAAUUUCUGGGUAUUUUAGUAGAAAAAGCAAACAAAAUUUGCUGAACUUAGACUGUAAUUUUUUUUUUUUUGUAGUGGCUUAACCUUGCUGUUUUACAUUUUUUAUCAUGCAUUAUAUUGGUGUGCUUCAUGGAUGUUCCCCUAUUCAACUGUCCGUUUAUAGCCCAUACAAAAAUGUGACAAGGACUGUUCUCCCUUUCCUACCUAAAAGAAAAAACAAACAGCAGCAAACAUGGCAGGGCACAGGCCCAUGUGAUCAUAUAAUGAUGGAGCCGAGUCUUUCUUCAUUCCAAUUUUUUUGUAGUUUUCUCAGUUUUUUUAAAGUUCUGGUUGAUCGUUGAACAGUGUGAAAGAAAAAAAAUCAAGUUCAACUUUGCUCUGUCAUUAUAAGAUCACAUGGGCCCUGUGGCCUAUCAAGGCAUUAAAAUGUCUCCUUUAACCCGUUAAAGAUCUAGGCCUGAGAAUCUGGGCUGGCGUGAUGCAUGCUCAACUUCAGAUACAUUAUUCCCAUUGCUGAAACCAACAGAGAAUAGUGUGUAAGUUUUAAGCUGAUACUUUUGCCUUAGAAAUCAUUACAAUGGGAGCACUGCUUUAGCUCACUUGGUUGAGCAGGUGACCCAUAUGCUGACGGGCAUAUUGGGGCAGUGGCCCGGGUUCAAUUCUUCACUGUACCAUUUCCUAUGUGUCAUUCCCUUUGUUCCUGCUCUCUACUGUUCCAUCAAAUAAAGGCUAAAAAAAAAAUUACCCCCAAGAAAGUUAAAACACCUAGAAAUCGUUACACCUGCUUUAGCAGUGCAUGGUCCCACGAUGGGGACCAUAUUUGAUUCAAUUGUCCUUUGGGGGUUUCAAGUGAGAUUUUAAUGUAUGACUAGAAUAGAAGCUGGAAAUGCCAUCUACCUGUUUGAUUCUGUCCAGUCACAAACAAAAAAUGUUGCUCCAACGUUUCCUGUAAAAAGCAAGUUUUACAUUGUGAUUUUUUUUGUUUGUUUGUUUAGUUUUUUUGUUGUGUUUUGUAAAAUGUUGUGAUUUGCACCUCAUGAACACCACAGUGCAGUGAAACCGUAGUAAAUCUGUCACUGCACUGUUGUGUACCUCUUAGUUGUGCUAAUGAGCACUGAACCCUGCCAGUCCUUUAUAGAUAGAUUUAAAUUGGAACACCACAUAUUACCUUCACUCCAGUGUUUGUAGAUAUAUUUAUUAGUGUUGACAGAAGUCAACAGGUGAGCUGCUUUUUCAUAGAGAUGCACCGAUCCAAUGCUCCACAUCAGCAGUACAGUUGAUCAUUUUACAGACUGAUUUUACAAUGGGACAUAAAACUAUAAUAUUAGAAAAAUAUGAAGCAGUCUCUCACACACAAUAUCGGCUGAAAGCAGAGUGAGUGUAUGUGAGAGGAAAAUUAUAGUAUUAAAAGCACUUUAUGAAGCACUUUGGUCAGUAAGACUGGAAAAGCACUACUGGUUUAAUAAGGUCUAACCUAUUUAAAACCAAAAAGGAAAGCUGACUUUGUAAGUCAACAGACUUACUGGCAUUACAGCUCUAUCAUGAAAAAAACAGGAGGAUCUGACAGAAAAUUGAGGCAAUUGCUGCCUUAUUCUUGUUGCGUCUCCAUUAGGGAAAGACUUCAGACUUACCGUCAGUGCACAGAGGUGUGAGGGAUCCUCCAGGAAUGGCAAUGCUAUUUUCUAGAGAAUAGAUUGGUCAUUGCGUGGUCAUUUCAUACCUGCUAAUCUCUGUUCUCAUACAUAACCUGCUGCAGAGCAUGUUAGCUGUGCAGCAUAAAUUACUUUGGUGAUGUAACCUAGUAAGAAGUGAUCUGCUUUUGUAAUACAGAAAGCCCAGGGUUAAAUUUAAAGCUGCCCAGAUGAGAUGAAAUCUUGCUUCAUAGUACAGGCCUGUGGUGCACAGAAAUUGGAUUUAAAAAAAAAAAAAAUAGGUGAUUGUUAAGAGUUAUGUGUCAAAAGCACACAAAAGCUGACAUUUCAGAAUCUGUACCAGAAGAGAGAAGUUGGAUCGGUGCAUCAUUAUUUUUAUCCCAAAAAAAAAAAAA